AGCUAGCAGAAGACAAGUCCGCAGUAGACAUUGACGGCUCCGCGGCUUUCUGCUGUCAAUGUGCGCUUCUUGAAGCGACGAAUUCCGAAUGAUCUCAAAAGAACUGGUUAAGUUACCGAUUCUGUCGGUCAGGCACUUUUCCUGAGUCACCUGAUCGGGUUUCUCAGCAGAAUGGAAGAAGAACAGGUUAGUUUUGAAGAAAAGGAAGAAGGUGGUGUGGGCCCGUCUGCGGUCUUGCGACAACGGAAAAUCAUUUCAAGCGCCAAAGAAACCUUCGAAAAUGCCUCUAGGAUGCUUCGAAGGAAAAUCCCACAAACUGGUCAUUUGAUGACUCCUCGAAGAUUGUGGAUACAAACAGUUCCCACUCAGGAAUGCGAUGUGGUCCUUAUGUUUCCACCGGGCACUGCUGAUUCUACAUUGAUGUGGUUAUUAUCUCGCUUAAGAGCGGGCACUCUUGUUGCUCAUGUCAGGCAUCAUUCAUCAUCGGACAGCUAUGGAUUUUAUCUUACUGCUCCCUUUAAUGUAUUGUUGAAAGCUGCUGAGGAGAUUCAUCUUCCAAAGCCCCUCAAAGCUGAAUAUGGAGGAGGGUUGAAGGAGAUAGUUCAGGCUGAUAUCGGCAGCUUUGAAGGAACAGAAUGUGAAGAAAACUUUUUUACCUCUCAUGAAAGACAAACCCUUGUUCUCCACCUUCUCCAUUCCCUUCGGGCUGGACCAGCUGAGGCAGCGGCUUCCGAUAUCUUUGGGAAAUUACGCUUAAUUGAAGGACAAGCUAUUGUGCCAAAGUGCCUCUCAGCAGGAGUCAUUUCUCAAGUUUUCCCUCUUCAUGAUCUUCCAUCACUUCAGCAACUACAGCAUUCUUGGGUUCGAGCAUUCCUGAGUCUACAACCUCUAGAUGCCAUCUCUGAAUACUUUGGUGUGAAGAUUGCCAUGUACUUUGCAUGGCUGGGGCACUACACUGCAGCGCUUCUUGUUCCUGCAUUCGUUGGAUUCAUGUUCUGGGUGGGAUUCAGUGGACGUUCUCAACAUGCUCAAGACGUUGGAUAUGUACUGUUUUCUUUCUUCAACGUUUUAUGGGCUAGCAUUUACUUGGAAGCCUGGAAGAGAUAUUCAGCAGAGUUGGCAUAUCGCUGGGGAACACUUGAUCAGCGAGAUGAACUUCUUGUGGAACCAAGACCCUUGUACACGGGGGUGUUGGAGGUGAGUCCAGUGACAGGGAGACUGGAACCCUAUUACCCUCCAUGGAAAAGACAUGUUUUUCGCUGGUUUGUAAGUGUACCCAUCAUCGGCUUGUGCCUUGCUAUUGUAUUCUUCGUCAUGAUUGUGAUACUCCAACUCCAGGAUUGGUGGGAUAAGCGCAUCGAGUCUAAUGGCUAUCCCUUUUGCCUGAGCUACCUACCUAAAAUUCUUCUCGCUGUUGUCAUCAGUGUUCUUGAUGAAGCUUACUAUAAAGUUGCUUGCUGGCUAAAUGACAAAGAGAACUACAGACUUGACACGAAGUAUGAAAAUCAUCUCAUCGUGAAAGUGGCUUUGUUUCAGUUUGUGAACUCCUUUCUUUCACUCUUCUACAUUGCCUUCUACUUACAAGACCAGGAGAAGCUGAAGGAGCAAUUGGCCGCAUUAUUAAUAGCUCGCCAGGUGAUUGGCAAUUUAAAGGAAUCAGCAUUUCCGUACAUUCUUGAGCAGCUGCGACUAGCGAAGCUGAGCUUCGACUUAUUUGGGGCACUAAGUCCAUCCGUUGAGAACAAAAACCCUCCAAGUGCUGAACCUGAUUCACAAAUUGGACAAUCAUCUGAAGUUGACUCGAACAAUGGCGUUUAUGAAGAAGGGCGAUCAGGUCAUGGCAAUAGAAAUGUCAGUCAGGCAGAACUUGAGAGUGCACUUUACAAGUACAAUGGCACAUUUGAUGAUCAUUUGGAGCUCUUCAUUCAACUUGGAUACGUUGUUCUCUUUUCAUCUGCUUUCCCAAUGGCUGCUACCUGUGCUUUAAUAAAUAAUCUCAUAGAAAUACGAUCAGAUGCUUUUAAACUGUGCUUCAUUUUUCAAAGACCUUUUGGGCAACGUGUUCCAAACAUAGGGACUUGGCAGAAUGCCAUGGAUAUGAUGGGAUUCAUAGCUGUUCUGGUAAACUGUGCUUUGAUUGGGCUCUCUGGACAAGUCCAUCGAAUGUUUCCAGAAAUGUCAACAACUCAGACAAUACUUCUCAUUGUUGCUCUUGAGCAUGGCAUGCUGGUCAUGCGGUUCUUAAUUACGUGUGCUAUCCCUGAUUUACCAAAAUGGGUGGCCAUAGAAAUAGCUAAAGUGGAAUUUGCUCGACGAGAAGCUUUAAGGAGACUAUCAUCUACGGUUCAAACGCCUGCCCCGGAAUCAUGCUCAUCUCAGCCAAGCACUUACAUUGGAAGUUUGUGGCACAGGUUCAUGGUCUCACCUGCAGCCCACGGUAGUCAGGAAGGGUCUGAAGAUGAAGCCCCUCAUAGUGCCAGUAGAACGAACACCCCUCCAGCCUCUCGGUCGUCCAUCUCUGGCAUUUCCUGCCGAGAGCGGGAGGACGGGCGGGACGGGCCGUCCUCCAGGGGAAGCUCGCCCAUUUCCAGCGGCAAAAUGUCUGCCACCCUCGCCUUGGAAGAGAGUAUCCUGGAAGCGAGUCGGCGGCACACUCCAGACAAAUCGUCCCCAGCAAGCACCAGUCGCAUGUCUGUUUCUAGUGCCCGUCGGUCGCAUGACUGGGCGGAGGGGCACCUGUCCAAUGUGUCGGGACGCAGCUCCCACGCCACGACGCCCCAGCAGACGCCGCUGCAGGAGAUGCCUGUGCCCCAAGCCGCCCAAGGUCUCCAGGGUCUGCAAGGCCAAGGCCACGGCCAAGGCCACGGCCAAGGCCACGCGGCCCCGGCGCGCCGCCCCCGCGAGUGGCUGGGGGCGGAGGCGGAGGCAGCGGCCCUGCAGCACCACCUCACCAUCGGGCCGCACGGCGGCGCGGACUGGGUGAGGCGCCUCGCCCUGGACGGCCCCGCACGGAAGUCCAGCGAACCCGAGGCCCGGCGCAGCACUGACUGUCUCGCGUCGGCCGGAAAGGAGUUGGCUGCAUCUUCUGACUCUGAUCUACUGAAAUCGGCACCUCCAUGGACUGCAGCGUACCUGAAACCGAAAUUGCGCCUUUCUCCAGAAAAAGACCAGUCUUUCUCUGAUAGCAGCCACACAGCUUCCAGCCAGGAAGUGGAAGAGACAGCUCAAGCUUCAACAGGAGCUGUACCCAAAACAGAUUUAGAUCCUGCCAAGAAACAACGAGUCAAACAAAGUCUGAUGAAGAGAGCGAGAACAGUUGCAAUGUUCUCUCUGAAGCUGAAAGAGAGACGAGCCCGGGAAGCUCAAGAGCAGUCAGUGAAGAAAGCGGAGCAGAAAGCUGAGCAAAAAGCAAUGGAACAAAUGCUGCACCCAAACCGACAGCCUGGUGGGGAACUUGGCUGUAUUCCAUUGGAAAAACUCAUAUCGGUUGAGGAUGUUGCUGUUGAUCUUCAACGGCGUAAGAACCAUAACCAUUAAUGUGAUAUUCUUCAUCCUUUGAUUUUUAUUAUUGUAUGGACACAAUUUUCUGCACACGCUUUUUAAGACUGUAAUUUAGCAUAGACAAGCUUAAUGUAACAUUCUAUAUGAAAGAAUUACUACAAGGUAUGCACCAGGAAUCAAUUACCUUCUGCAAAAUAUUUGAUGAUGCAUUACAAUGUGCCUUAUGAUGUUUAGUUUUGUCCCAAAUUUUAGGUGCUUCUCUAUCUAAAACAUAGGUUAAGGAAAGCUCCUUCAUUAAAUCCGUUCUUAAAGUGCAUUCCAUUGCACUCUGACUCAUUGAUGGUAAAUGAUAUUCCUGCUUAUGAAUGGCGUUUGUUUGCCAUGUUAUUCACACUUCCCUUUUAUGGCUUUUCAUAACUCACGUGUGGUUGUAGUAUCUUCAAUUUUCAGUGAGGAUCAUAAUCUGUCUGUGAAAGGAAUCCAUGAACUAUCAAUCCGUCCGGUUUCCUACCUUACACCCUUAAGAAUCUUGUUCUGAAGAAGCUCCUCUUGUUAUCAUGUUUUACUCUUAAUCUCUAGAGAUUUAUUGGCUUUCUGUUUGCCUAGAACUUUGAUGUGGUUAUUGGUGCUGUUUUCAUGUGUUGCCAUUGACUGGAAAUUUUAGUUAGGAUUAUUUAUGUUUUGUAGUUUCUAUUUAUAUUAUGUCUUUAUGUCUUCAUGAAGCAGAGGUCAUACUUUUGUAUUUCUUAAAGUGCGUAGAUUGGAGGUGAAAUGCCACUUCCAAAACUGUUUAAUUAACAAAAAGUAUGUAAAAAGAAAGUACAAAAAAAAAAGACAAGUGGUGGUAGUAAUUUUCUGCUCACUAUUAAACUGCUAUUGGAAUGUGAUAGUUACAUUUGACUGAGGCUUUUAGGAGUCGUACAUCCUGCGGCUUUGGCCUUUGUGUGUUGCUUGUUCAUUAUAUUUUUAUUAAUGUUAUGGUCUAUUGAUUUCCCUCUCAUUGAUCUCUAUUUUUACAUCUGUUUUAUUUCUCUCUCUCUCUCUCUCCUUUUUUUUCUUCUCAAAUUGGCAGCUUUUAUCUGCUUUGAAUUGAGGCCUAACUAAUACAUGAAAUACCUAGUCAUUUGAUUGACACAUUUGCAUUCAUGAAAAUGUCUUUGUUUAUUUAUAGCACCCAAAGCCUCAUUUAGAUUGUAGGUAUUUAUGUUUUGUAUCAGAACAUGAGACCAAUGCAGUUGUCUUAUUACUUGUAUAAACUACUGUCAAAACUUCUCGCGUUGAGAAGUUUGUUGUCAAUCAUCUGAAAAAAGAAAAUUGUUGUAUGAAUUGCAGAAUCUAGUUUGAAAUAGAUCUAAAAUGAGUGUAAAGUCCCAACAGGGGCUCAUCCAUUUUUUUGCUUUUGAUGAAUUAUGUAACUGUGUUCCCUCUGUAAGAAGGCAUUGACGCAUCAGUUCUUUGAAAAUGCCCCUCCCCCCGGGCUUUUUGUAUGCUUUUCAUUCAAGUGAAAGUGAUUCUAACUUCCGGUACCCAAACUAAUAACAUGUCAAGUUUGUUAUUUGCUUCUUUUCUCUUUAUGAUCCACAAAGGUUGCCAUUUUAUCCUGACCAAAAUAAUCAUCAAAGCAAAUAAUGCCAUUUCAAACAAGUGGAAAUAAUUCCUUUGUAGACUGAGAUGCUGUUUUGAAGUACUUUUUAUUUUGUGUUGUGUGUGGAAGGGAACAGUCUAGUCCAGGCAAUAAUACCUUGUCAACUCAUCCCAACUGUAUUCAUAUUCAUGUGGGAGAAUCUUGUAAUUGUGCGUACAUUAAUUAGUGUUUUAAGGGAAGCCAACUAUCUAUGUUGUGAAGUGCGUCUUAGUCAUUGUACCAGCCAAGAGUUGGCAUUGUAAUUCUUUUUAAAACUUGUUGUAUGACCUGUCCAUGUGUAAUGUAUAUUCUAAACGCAUUUAUCCAGCCCAUUGUAGUUAGCUCAUUAAAUUUUAAGAUAGGUGCAUUUAUAUUAAUCUAAUUAAGAUAUAUAAGAGAGAGUCUGCAGUUUGACAAAGGGAAACAAUGAAGGGGGGCUGAUAGAGAAACAACUGCACAUUUUACUGAAAUAAUUUGUUCCAUGCACAAAAAAAUUUGAGUGCCUCCAUUUUGAGCCGAAUAAUAUGGGUCUGAGAAAAAUUUGCUUAUCGACUUAAUGCACACAGCUUUUAUUCAAUCUGUUGUGUCCUCAUUAAUAUGUUUGUACUUGGGUUUGAUAUGUCUGCCUCUGUGCAAUGUGCCGCUCAUGUACUGUUUGCAGUCCUGUAUGGCUUAGUACUGUUUAGCUUACAGUUUCUGAAGUUAAUUCGAAAUGUGCUUUUAGGGUCCAGUGACAAAUUAAGUGGUCUUCCAGCUAACGUGUCAAGUGCUGGAGCACCCAAAUUGGUUGUGCUGUUUAAAUGAUCUAUUUAAAAAACAAUGAACAAUUGAGUUACUUAUAUGGUUUAUGUAAUAUGCUGUUGCUGGACCACAGAAGUGCAAAAAAAUUAGUAUCAGCUUUAAAUAAAGUUUACCCUGAAACUA